AUGGCUACAACGAUGGGCCAGCGUCUCGCUGGAAAAACAAUUCUUAUAACGGGAGCGUCAUCCGGCAUCGGUCGAAGUACGGCCAAAGAGUUUGCGAGGACAUGUUCAAGCAACCUGAAGCUCAUCCUCGCUGCACGGAGGUUCGAAUCGCUGCAGGCCUUGACGGAUGAGAUACGCAGCGAGGUCGGCGAUGGAGUCAGAAUCUUGCCUAUCAAACUAGACGUGAGCAAGUCUGAAGAUGUCUCAAGUUUUAUUGGUAAACUUCCUGAUGAGUUCAAAGAUAUUGACAUUCUUGUCAACAACGCUGGUCUCGUCAAGGGCAUUGCCCGGGCCCCCGACAUUGCCUUGGAAGAUAUCCAGACCAUGUUUACGACUAAUGUUACCGGGUUGAUCAACAUGACGCAGACAGUGUUGUCCAUCUUCAAACGGAAGCCCGGAGGCGGCUCCGGCGAUAUUAUCAAUAUCGGCAGUAUUGCAGGUCGAGAGCCUUAUCAAGGUGGCAGUAUCUACUGCGCGACAAAGUCAGCCGUGCGGUCAUUUACAGACGCCUUGCGGCGCGAGCUGAUUGACACUCGCAUCAGAGUCAUUGGAGUGGAUCCUGGUCAAGUCGAGACUGAAUUCUCUAUUGUCAGGUUUUAUGGUGACAAGAGCAAAGCUGAUGCAGUCUAUGCGUGA